AUAGCUCAAUGACCGGCCUAGUACUUAAGUGGUCCUUGCAUUUUUAAUUUAACAAGUCUGGACGAGUAAACAUAGAUUGAAGUAAGAUAGAGACGUAACAAAAAUUUUUUAUUCACGCUUUAGUCAACGAAUAUCAAACCCAUUGCAAGCGAAUUAUUGAUUCUCUUCACUUGUUCUAGUUAUCUAGUAAGUUGAAACAAUUGUUUUCCAUCGUAAAUUCGCAAGUUAUAUCCACGUUGUAGCUGUUGAAUCAUGUCUGUCGCGAAACAUUCCGACUACUCAGACGAAGACGAAGACUUUAGUUCUUUAUAUUCGGGGGCUUGUAAGCGUUUUAAAAAAGAAAAGCAAGCAGUUUGUUCUACAGGAAAACCGCAUCUUGCCAACAAAAAAGAGACCAAAAUUUUUACCUCAGCUGGAAACGUAUCACCAACACCUGUUCAGCAGAUUGAUGAAAGUAGUGAUGAAGAAGUACUUAGAGUUCCAAACAGAGAAAUUCAAGAAGUUGAUUUAGAUGAAACAGAAGUUCACGAAGAAACAGACAGACAAGUGGAAACUCUAGAAGACAUAGAAGACUGCAUCAAUAUAUCACCUGAAGUGUCAUUUUCAGAAGAUCUUACAUCACGUAAACUCAGUAAAGUACCUGCAGCAAUACAAGAUGAAAUUGAGUGUGAGGAGGACCCACUCUAUUGUGCUUCGUUGAAUGAUUCGCAAUUGAAUCAGACCCUUGAUGGUGAUGAAAUAGUGGUAGUUAAAGUUCGCUUCAUUGCCCAAAAAGUGUGGAGGAUAGAAAUCAAAAGGGCUGAUUAUUUCAAAACCAUCUGCCAGAAAUUAUCAGAGAUCACUGAUGUGGAUGCUGGACAAAUAAUUCUAUAUUUCAAUGAUCAACUACUGAAUGACUAUGACAGUCUCAAAACAGUGCCACUUGGGAUAUCAGACAUCAUUGAUGCUUCAGUCUGCAAAGAAGGAGUUGUCGUCAGCUCCAACGAAACAUUGUUGGAGUUAAAGGUUCAGAGUCAGAACCGGAAUGCACAAGUGGUUAUAUCAAUGCGCCCCGAAGACCCUAUGGCAGUUUUGAUGCAGAAGUAUGCGGAAGCAACCGGGAUUGAUUUGUCCAAAUUGAAGUUUAAAUUUGACGGCGAAAUGUUGGAAGAAGAUGACACACCGUCUAGUCUGGAAUUUGAAGGUGGCGAGUGUAUCGAUGUUUUCAUUAGAGAGUAGUUUAUUUGUUCACUACAUUUUUCUUAACUUUACUACUUUGUAUAUUUUCCCUUGCGCAAAUAAAUUAUGCACUAAUAAACAAAAAUUCGAAAGA